AUGGCCUCCCAAACGAAUACAUGGGCCAAGGAUGGGUCUUGGGGCUACCACACCCCCAUUUAUAUGCUAAACCGCAUAAUUAGGCUACAAGCAGUUGUAGAAAUUAUAACCAAUGAAACUGCUAGGGCUCUUAAUUUACUUGCUAAGCAGCAAACCAAAAUGCGCAAUGCAAUCUACCAAAAUCGCCUGGCCUUAGAUUACCUGCUUGCUUCUGAGGGUGGUGUUUGUGGAAAAUUCAACUUGAGCAACUGCUGCCUACAGAUAGAUGAUGAAGGAAAAGUCAUAGAGGAGAUCACAGAUCGAAUGAGAAAAGUUGCUCAUGUCCCAGUCCAAACCUGGAAUUGUUGGAACCCCAGAGAGUUAUUUGGAGGAUAGUUUUCAUCUUUCGGAGGAUUCAAAACCCUCAUAGGUAUUGUCCUCCUAAUUCUGGGAGGAUGUUUGAUCGUACCCUGCUUGGCUCCCUUGAUUAUACGAUCGGUCUCCAGUCUCAUUGAGACUAUAGUUGAGAGAAAAACAGCUGCUCAUGUAAUGAUGUUA